AUGCCCCGUGGAUAUCGUUCCACCACCGAACACUAUUUCGACGAAGAACAAACCGAAGCCAUUGUUCGAACCACCGCCUACCACCGCAGAGACUAUUGUCUAUCCGUCAUCUGGUUCUCGCCCCGUGAACACGUCGAUAUUCGCCUGUCAAUAGCAACCCCCUUUCAGCGGACAUCAAAUGUUGGAGUCGGCUCUCUCGACCGGCUACCCCUCGAGCUCUUAUUUGACACGUUACACUGUCUGGACAUGCAUUCUCUGUUCAAAUUUCGACAAUUAAAUCUCCGAUCAAGACAAAUGGUAGAUUCUCUCAGCCAGUAUCAGAGGGUAGUCUCUUAUGGUCUGAACCUCUUCUGUGCUUUGUUACGAACACGACUUGCCAUCGGCAUUUCUCUACUUGACUUUUACAACGCAUUAUGUACUAAAGCGUGCAGUUUUUGCGGCGAAUUCGGCGGUUUUAUAUCCCUCCUAGUUUGGAAGAGGUGCUGUUUUAAUUGCCUCCAGUGGUCUUCGGAAACCCAAGUGCGGACUCUCGCCUCAGUCCGAAAGCAAUUUCACAUGACUAAAGCCGACUUAGACCAACUGAGGUCAUUUAAGGCCUUGCCUGGAAUAUACUCGAUGAAUGAAUCUGUACAACAUUCCCGCAUUACGAUCGUUUCUCUCCAUCAGGCCACUCUGGCUUGCAGACGGCAACCGUUUAGACUUCCGCAAGCCCAAUCAGCGGGCUUAGACCGAAACCAAAAAAUCAAUUUCAUGGGAUCGUGUGCACUUCCGUAUUACGACAAACAGACUUACAGAGCGGAACGCGGAAUCUCGUGUGCUGGGUGUCAACUUGGUAUUGAAAAAGGCAUUAUCGGUACCAAGAGCACGAAAUGGGGAUACGAGGCUUGA